AGGAGAUGCCCCUGGUGAGGGUCAGCGGUGCUUUCUACCUCUCUGGUGCUUUAGAGGUUGGGUUACCGGUUCAUGGUCUCGGUGUUGUGUGUUUGUUGUUCCAGGUAGAGCACUAAAGAUGAAAGCGGUUGGUGUUGGUGGUAAGAAGCGGCCCCUGAAGGCGGCGGGUAAAGAGAAAUCAAAAAAGGAAUAUUCUAAACGUGUCUACAGAGUCCUAAAGCAGGUCCAUCCGGAUCAGAGCCGGUAUCAGAAGGCCGUGGAGCUUCUGAAUGGAGACUUGGUGAAAGGUGACGGACUGGCCGGUGUCGCUGAAGAAGCUGCCAGGCUGUCCCAUUACAACCCGAGAAAGACCAUCACCAGCUGCGAGAUCCAAUCUGCCCUCGGAGCGCAGGGGGGCGGCAGGUGAACCACUUUGGGGGGGUCUUGUGCCGUGGACUCUGGGGGGGUUCCAUCCUCUUGCAGUUUGAAGCCCGUAUCUCAUUCUGCUGACUUCACUUUAGGUUUUUUAGAGGAACUG